UACUAGUGCCUAUGCGAUAUUUCCUGUAAAGGGCAUUCAGAAUGCUGCUGCUCACCUCCUUUAUAACCUGUUACGGUUCUCUUAUGUGACCCCCCAUACUGAGAUUACUUCACUGGUCUUUGCAUUCCAGAUAUCAGUGGCCCCUGCUCUGUUAUCUGUACACCAUAGUUCAAAACCCCAACACCUGCACACCUACACAGAUCAUCCUCAGGGUAUCUGCUAUGUCCUUCUCCACAGACUCUCGCUGCUCUUUAGUAAAUCGAAAGAUUUCUCACCCACACGCUUUCAUGAUUUAUUUGUACAUUCACCUUUAUCUUAAGAUAACGAUUUCAAUUUCUCUCCACUUUUAGAUUGUCUCAGCUUUUAUUCCAGCACCUGGUAUUUGAGCAUUAAAAUAAACUCUAAUAAUGAGUUAUGAAUUAUUCUUUCAUAACUUCAUACCAGGUUGUAAUGCGGCCGCCUCUAUCCGUCAUCCUCCUGUUUCCCAAAGUGGCGCAGAAUAAAAAUGUUCGAUCAUUCCGAGUUUGGAUCCCUGUGAUGCCAUAGGCAAGAGAACAGAAGUGGUGUUGCACAUUCCUUUAUCAAUCACAGUGACACGGACCUCAGUGAGCUCAUGUAUAGAAUAUCGGCAGAUUGUGCCGUUCCCCCUCGGUGUGAUAGAUAGGUGUACUUAAGAUGCCGCAUGAGCAGCAGUUCAAAAAGAUGCUCUUGACUGGCUUCAGGCUUGUUUUAGAGCAGGUGCCUUCUGUCUCAUCCCAAAAAAAUAAAAUAAAUAAAUAAAUAUAAAAGGCCAGUGUGGCUUUGACUUUGUUUCAGCUAAAGUGAUUGUUGCUUAAAGACCAAGGAAUAAUUUAGGAAGAUCUAUGGUGGAAAUUACAUUUAGAAAACUGUCUAAUCACUCACUAUAUUGGAUCUUCUUCAAUGCAGUACUUUUUUUUUUAUCUCUGUACCAAAUCUUCAUCCUGUCCACCAAUUGAUGAUGUCCAUUAAUAAUAAAUAUAAGCUCUGAUUUUUGCACAUGCACCAUUGGUCUAUUUUUAAUUUGCCAAAUUAGGUAAUAGUCUUUCUGGUAGAGCAUCUCUUUAUCCUUUUUCUUCACCAUGUCUUUUGUCAUUUGGAGACCCCUACUAUUUCUCUGCACAAGCAUCCCCUUCAGUGGAACCGUGUUCUUUUUGGCUUUCCACAUCCCUCUUGCCCAUGUGCGCUCUUCAGUAGGAGGGGUGAUGUCGCGGUGAUGCUGAGUUGAACAGCGCCUUUCCGUUACUCCACCUGCAGUCGGGACGCGAGGCGAACCAGCGCACGAGUCUCAGUCCAUCUCCAUCCCAAAAGCUUCACGGAGGAAUUACCGGAGCUCAGAGAGGAACUGCUUGAGUCGGAGCCGAAAAUGAAAGUCGGCUUUGUUCUUCCUCUGGCGUGCGCUUUAGUGCUGAAAAGCUCACUGGAUGCUGCUGGAAGUCUGACUAUGGAUCCAUGUAGACUCGGAUUUUCCCAGAACUUCUACACCGUGUUUAUCCCAUGGGAGCAGCUGCGGGGUCACACCAUUGUCAAAGGCACCCUGCUGUCAUCAGGUCAAGUGAAGUUCGAGGCUUGUCAUCUGAAUGAGCGGAUCAGCUUCGAGAGCAGCGACCCCAAAUUCAGCGUUCGUCCCGACGGCUCUCUUUACGCCGAGCAAGACGUAACCAGCCCGUCCGAGCCCAUACAGUUUGUGGUGACUGCUCAGAGGAGCAUCGACACGCAGGUCUGGAGGACGAUUGUUAAACUGGUCAUCAUCAGACACCCACAUCCUUCCCGUAUAAACCAGAUUGUUGUCAAGGCCAAUUCCCAUCACAAGCACCAUCACAAUCUUAGUCACCACCAGCGAGGGUUUUCCACCAAUAAUUUGCACUGGCAAGACCGGAUCAUUUCUCCAAUCAGUACGCCUGAACACGCCAGGAGAGCGUCUCCAUUUUGGGGGAGUGCUGGAGGUCCGACCACGGAUCCAUGCAGACCCGGAUUCUCCCAGAACUUCUACACCGUGUUUAUCCCACGGGAGCAGCUGCAGGGCCAAAGCGUUGUCAAAGGUACCCUGCUGUCAUCUGCUCGAGUGAUAUUCGAGGCUUGUCAUCUGAAUGAGCGGAUCAGCUUCGAGAGCAGCGACCCCAAAUUCGGCGUUCAUCCGGACGGCUCUCUGUACGCUGAGCAAGAUGUGAUGAACCUGUCCGAGCCUAUACAGUUCAUGGUGACGGCUCAAGGGAGCAAAGACACGCGGAUCUGGGAGACGACCGUUAAACUGGCUGUCGCCGGACACCCACUUCCUGCCCUCAUAAACCAGAUUGGUGAUGAAACUGGAUACCACUCAAGAUCCCACCACAACCACUACUCCAAUCCCAGAGUCAUCAUGUUCCCCCGUCGACACCAGCGAGGCUCCUCUACCAACGGGCUGCGUCGUCAGAAGAGAGACUGGGUCAUACCUCCUAUCAAUGUGCCUGAGAACUCUAGAGGACCCUUUCCACAAAUGCUUGUCAGGAUCCGAUCGGACCAAGAUAAGGAGAUCGAAAUCCGGUACAGCAUAACGGGAGCUGGCGCUGAUCAGCCACCCAGUGAUGUCUACAUCAUUGACCCCAUCAGUGGGAAAAUGUCUGUGACCAAGCCGCUGGACAGAGAAGACCGAGCCUCCUACCACCUGAGAGCCCAUGCCGUGGACGUCAACGGUAAUCAGAUGGAACCUCCGAUCGAUCUGUACAUUUACGUCAUUGAUAUGAACGACAACAGACCCGAGUUUCAGAACCAGGUCUAUAAUGGAUCUGUUCCUGAGGUCUCCAAACCAGGCACGUCGGUGAUGCGCGUUACGGCGAUCGACGCCGAUGACAGCACGAUGCCCAACGGCCUGGUGCACUACAGGAUCCUAAACCAGAGUCCACACAUCCCAAUUCCCAACAUGUUUACCAUCAACGGAGGGACGGGCGAGAUCAGCACCAUCGCAGCAGGCCUAGACAGAGAGAAAGUUUCUCAGUACACGCUGAUCGUGCAGGCUACAGACAUGGAGGGCAGCCUGAACUUCGGCCUCUCCAACACGGCGACGGCUCUCAUCACCGUCACCGACAUCAACGACAACCCUCCAGAGCUCGACGCCAAAACGUUCCUGGGUGAGGUGCCGGAGAAUGCAGUGGGUGUAAUCGUGGCCAAUUUGACUGUGCGAGACCGGGACCAGCCUCACACGCCCAACUGGAACGCAGUUUACAGAAUAGUGGGCGGAGACUCGAUGGGCCACUUCACCAUCCGCACGGACGAACUCACCAAUGACGGCAGAGUCACAGUGGUCAAGCCAGUGGACUAUGAGAGGAACGGGGCCUUCAUGUUGACCGUGGUGGUAUCUAAUCAGGCCCAUCUGGCCAGUGGCAUCCCGUCAUCUCUCUCAUCCACAGCGGGAGUCACCAUCUCCGUGUUGGAUGUGAACGAGGCUCCCAUUUUCCCCUCCAACCCCAAAGUUAUUCGCUUUGAGGAGGGAGUUCCUGCUGAUACUACGCUCACCAUAUUCGCCGCUCAGGAUCCAGACCGAUUUAUUCAACAGAGUGUCAGGUACUCUAAGCUGUCCGAUCCUGGAAACUGGCUCCGAAUCAACAGGACAAACGGCCAGAUCACAACGACAGCCAUUUUGGAUCGGGAAUCGCCUUACGUGAAAAAUAACGUGUAUGAAGCGAGUUUUCUGGCUGUAGAUAACGGCUCUCCUCCUGCCACAGGAACAGGGACUCUGCAGAUCUAUUUGAUUGAUGUAAAUGAUAAUGUACCAGUGCUGGUGCCCAGAGAGGCCCAGCUGUGUGAGAGGCCAAGACCCAACUCCAGGAUCAACAUCACGGCCUCGGACGCUGAUACUGAGCCCAAUGCUGGACCAUAUGUCUUCGAGCUGCCCUCGUUCCCUCCCUCUGUUCGUCGCAAUUGGACCGUUACACGUCUGAAUGGUGAAUAUGCUCAGCUCAGGUUGAGGAUCGCAUACCUUGAAGCCGGUGUGUAUCGCGUGCCCAUCCUGGUCUCAGACUCGGGAAACCCUCCCUUAACAAACCGCUCCAUCAUCAGGGUUAAGGUGUGUCCUUGCGAUGAGCAUGGAGAUUGUACUUCACUCGGAGCAGUGGCAUCUGCAAGCCUGGGCACAGGCGCCAUCAUCGCCAUCCUCAUCUGUAUCAUAAUCUUGUUAAGCAUGGUUCUGUUUUUCGUAGUGUGGAUGAAGCGCAGAGAGAAGGAACGACAGACCAAACCUCUUCUCAUUGACCCAGAGGAUGAUGUUAGGGACAACAUACUGAAAUAUGACGAGGAGGGAGGAGGAGAGGAGGAUCAGGACUACGACCUGAGCCAGCUGCAGCAGCCCGAGACUCUUGAGCACAUCAUGAGCAAGCCAGGGGGAGUAAGGAGAGUGGACGAAAGGCCAGUCAUCCCGGAGUCCCAGUACCCAAUACGGCCCAGCAUACCUCAUCCUGAAGACAUCGGGGAGUUUAUCACUGAUGUAGGUCCAGUUAAGGGGCUGCGAGCGGCGGAUAAUGACCCGACGGCUCCACCGUAUGACUCUCUGCUCGUGUUUGAUUACGAAGGCAGCGGCUCGACAGCUGGCUCGGUCAGCUCGCUCGACUCGUCCAGUUCGGAAGAGCAGGACUACGACUACCUCAAUGACUGGGGGCCGCGCUUUAAAAAACUGGCCGACCUCUACGGCGGCGGCGAUGACUGAGAGUGGAGCUCCAGGGAUGAGAGAGGGGCCAAGGAGAGGAGCCCGCAGGAGCAAGUCAGCAUCUCGGUUUGUUUCACCGAAGAGCCAUAGGAGCCUGAGCAUCCCUGCACAAGACACUCUGUAAUACAGAGGGAGUUUAAAAAAGGGACCAUUGCUGCUUUCUGCGAGUGUGUUUCUCUCUGUUUUUUUGUCUUUUUCUUCUCCCACUGCACUGGCAAGUUUUUCGUCGUGAGUUUUGCUUUGGCUGUCUGGAGAAUUGCGGCAGCCCUGAUACGAGAGACUAAGUACUCUAAGCUCUAAAACAGAAAACAAGGUCUGCACUCGUUCUCUCCGUCUGUGUCAUUUCAACUCUUAGAGCAGGACAAAUAUAUCCGAUCUUUUGACUUGAAUUUUAUUUGAUAAGCACUGUCAUUGCUCAAGUGCCUUUUCGUGGUGUUUUUUGUACCAGAGACUCCUCAGGGUCGGCUGCUGUUUUAAGCCCAUUUUCUCUGCAGCGGUACACUCCCUCGUUCCCUCGGUCCCUCUCCUCCAUGUUUACUCAUCCUAUUAAUGGUGCAGGAAAAGAAUCUUGUUCAUGGAGAUGUAAGACAAUUUCCUCUGGUGUGCUUCAAAAAAAAAAAAAGACUCGAAAAUUUGGCACACCUACUUUUUGGGAACUCAUCAUAUAGGACUUUGCCGACCCUGUUUAGAAGUUUAACUCUGUGGUCGUAAUUACAAGACCAAUCAAUUUACCAGGCAACAGCUAAAAGUGAUGAGCUUUUGUGGACUUUGUUUUUUAAAAAGAAGCAAAAAAAUAAGGGAAAAAAAGACAAAAAAUAAUGUAGAAAGACUUUUUAGCUCUGACACUUGCCUGCCUUUUUUUGCGCUGCUUUCCAAUCGGCCAAAAUGGCGUCCACGCUUAAAGGACUGCAUCACCGGAGGAGCGCUUUAUUCGUCUUGAACAUUCCCCUUGUCGAGGUUUAUCGACUGAUCGGACUUGUACGUGCAUGAUCUCUCUAAAGAGCGGUGUCUCUAAUCAGCUGCACUUGUUCCUUGUGGUCAGAAUGUGAAAAGUAGUUGGCAAAGAACAUACGAUAUACAGAACAAGCAUAACCUGUAUAGUUAAAAAAAAAAAAAGACUUGACUUGAAGAAAUGCUGUAAAUACAUAUUUUUUGGAAGUGUUACCCGAACAUUUGCUGCUCUUGAGGUCCUUGCAGGGCUAAAAGAGAAUUCUUUUGCGUCAGUGGUUUCGUUAGUGUGUACGUGCGCGAGCGUGUGUGGGUGCGCACGUGAGCCCGGUUGCCGUUUUGCUUUUAGCAGUCUCCCUUUUGCAAAUGUUUUCAUAUGUUCCUUAUUAGUUACGAUUUAAGUUCUUUCUAUAUGAGCCGUGGUUACAAUCACGCCUGCUUCUAAUGUGUGUCUCUGAGUUACUUGUUCAUUCCCGAAACCAUUACUGGAAUUUGUGCUUUAGAAAAUAAAGACAUCUUUUAU